UGGCACAUGUGCGCGCGCACUCGUCAAUGCACAAUGCAUAUAACAGAGCGAUACGAUGACAGACAGUGGCUUAACCCGGUGUCUGGUCAGAAGGUUUGCAUCGUGAUGUCGUGGCUGCUUGUUCUCUCGCUGGUCAUACCAACAUCCUUGUCGUCGUCGCCAGACGUGGUGACGUGUAGGCAAAGCAAUGACUACACGAUCUGCCGUGAGGAGGACGUUCUCGUAAACGUCAGCCAACACGGCGAAGCGAACAGCUUGAGCAUCCACGAUCUAAGCCUAAUCGAGGUGCGUGAGGACGCGUUCGAGAACUUGACGGCAACCAGCUUGAGCCUGGGUCACGGCAACCGAAUUUCCACACUAACGAAGCUGUCGUUUCGUGGAUUGGCAGAUUUGGAGGAGCUGCACCUGGACAACAACCGAGUCAGCCUGAAACCUUACCUGUUCUCCGAGCUGAAGAAGCUGAAGGCUCUCUAUCUGAGCUUCAAUCGGAUCGAUCACCUACCCAAACAUGCAUUCGAUGGAUUGCCCUAUCUGAAGUGGUUGUUCCUCAGAUACAAUCGCUUAACGUCCAUCGAGCAAGACACUUUCGUUGACCUGACCGAUCUGUUGCAGUUUCUUAGGUUGGAUAAUAACAGGAUCAGCGAGAUUGUGCCCGGCAGCUUCGAGAAGCUACACGAACUCACUCAUUUGCAUUUGGAAUAUAAUCUUAUAAGCAAGAUCCUACCUGGCACGUUUCGAGGACUGAAAGCAUUGACCGCUCUGUUUCUCGAUUACAAUUCACUGACGAACAUUUUCAAAGGAGAUUUUGACGACCUGGACUCGUUGCAGAUGCUGAACCUUCAGUUUAACGAGAUCGCUGAUAUAGAACCUGGGUCCUUCGACAAUCUGUCCAGCUUGAGAAAAUUGAACUUGAGGAGGAACAAACUGACUCACAUUACCGUCGGAAUCUUUGACAAACUGGCGAAAUUGUACGAUCUAGAUUUGUCUUACAAUUUCAUUGGCAUCGUAGAUCCUGCAGCUUUCAGCAGUGGCAAUAUAGAAUCGUUCCAUUUCAUUCAUAACAAUCUCAGUGACAUCAACGAAAACGUCGUUGGAUUAUCUUCUUCCACCAUAAUAUACUCAUAAACCUGACACCAUAAACAAAUCAAUAAAUAUGUGCGGGUCGUUUAAUUCAAUGGAACGUGAUCCAGAGGAACUCGAAUGGAAAUUCAGGCGAUAACCGUUCUAAACGUUCCUAGAAAAGCAUAAACAAGUGAAGCAGCAAGCUGACAUUCGAAAGAUCAGGAUCGACCUAGCAGUUAACCACAUUACAGAAGCGACCGAAUGGAAAGCCUGCAGGUCCCAAGUUUCGCAAAUCCAGUGCACUUUCAGUUAUCUUACGUCACUUGGAUGGCUAAACGAUCAUCGAGAGUGUCUAUGUCAGCUGAACUAAGAAUUUACCAGUAGCCUUCUGUCACUGACUGGUUGGAACAUCGCUGGAACUUGGACUGGAUUCCCUGUCGAUUUUACGCUACCAUUUAAUUGGAAAAUAUCAGGAAAGUUAACGGUCCUACGUGCAACCACGUUCUUGAGAAUUCUGUUCAAUGAGAUUGAGGAAAUAGAUUGGACAAAGUGGAAGAAACAUCGUUGAAUUGGUGUUCAUCGUGGUUCUUCAGUUUGUAAGAGGGUGCAGAACGUUGGUGAAUUUCGUGGCUCGUGUAAAUCCCUUUCGAACGAAGAUCAAAUGUUUGUGAAGCAAAGAGAAGGCUCCUGUCGCCAAAUUUGCCAAAGUCUUAAAAUCAUAUCCUCUAAGUGGCAUUCGAAUUUCGCUCUCCUCGACUGAGUCCCUGGCUGGAGACACGAUUCUAAGUUUGCUUUAGGAACUACUGGAUCGGCAACUAAGUGAUUGCGGAUUUUGUCAUUACCACCUAAUGGUAAAAUCCGCAAUCACUUAGUUGCCAACCCAAUAUAAAUCCAGAUUUCGAAAUGGGAAUUUUAGUUUAAUCUCGUUGAUAGAAGAUCUAUGGAUCUUCUAAGACGGAAUUUCGUGUCGUUGAUAGAUUUAUUCUUCUUUUUUCUCUUUUCUCGAUUUUUCUUUUUGUCUCUCUUAAUUUUAAAAAGAAUGAUUUCUCAGGUAAAGAUUUGGACGAUCGACGCGUAAAAAUUCAGACAUUAUCAAGUGAAACGUGUUCAUCGGCUGGCAAAGUGGAAAUUGAUACUCUCAAGAAAUUCCCAAGUAAACAAGUGUCGCCUCGUUGCCAUGGUAUAAUAAUUAAUGGUAGCAUCUAGUUUCUGGAAUUAGAGCUGUCCAAACCACCUAAAACGCUUCAAUUACAUGAACUGCUAAUUUAGUCGCGAAUGGAUAUUUCUUUUAAUUCGUUGCUGUUGAUUUUGUGACAAACUUAAUACCUAACCUUUUGAGCGCUACGUUGUCCGACGUUAAGCGUGCGUCAUGGACGCCUCACUCUUUACGAAGAAGCACACCGUGGGCUGCGUAUUUUUUACGAAAGAGCGCAGGUUGAGCAGACUGAAUUUUCAUUGCAAAAUAUAUCGAUUGUAGCUAAAAUAAAUUAUGUAGUAACUUGAAAAGCCUUAAUAACCAUUUAUUUCAUUAAGCAAUAAUAACAUGAACAAUAUCAAAAUUUGAAAUUAUAUUUUUUAAAUUGAAAAUUUAAUAAUUUUGUAUUUUAUGG